GUUCGAUCUGUAAUCUUAACAUUUAACCCAAAUAAAGGAAUGAGAUCUAUUUACACAUUUACUUAACAUCUAUACAAUAUCAACGAAUACCUAAUGACUUAAUAUAUCAUCAUCAAUCUAACAGAAAAGAAUACCUUCACUCAGAGCCGAUUGACAACUAUAUGGCUAGAAGCAGUAUAUAAAAAUGUGGUCUAUGCAUAGUAACUGAUUUUAAUUAUUUUUUAAAAAAACUAUAAAGGAGUAUCAAACUCUCAACCUGUUAUGAAUAUAGCGACAACUCAACCACUAAUACUACUAAGACUUGUCUGCAAAAAUGUGACCGGUAAAAUACAUAAAUUCUGGCGGCCGGAAGCACAUGCUUCUCUCGCUUCCGUACUUCACUCAGAACCGGUCUUGACAACUAUAUGGCUAGAAGCAAUAUAUAAAAAUCUGGCCUAUGCAUAGUAACUGAUUUUAAUUAUUCUUAAAAAAAUAUAAAGGAGCAUCGAAUCCUCAGUCUAUUAUAAAUAUAUCGACCACUCAACCACUAAUGCUACUAAAACUUGUCUGCAAAAAUGUAACCGGUAAAAUACAUAAAUUCUGGCGGCCAGAAACAGAGGCUUCUCCCGCUUCCAUCAAGGCCGGCUCUGCCUUCACUACCGUAAAAAUGUAUGCAACUAGAUUUAGGAUGAUUAGAUUGAUAUAGGUUGAUGAGUCAAUAAUCCAUCAAGAUGAAUACCUACUUCAAAUUGAGAUUUUUUUUUUUUGCAACUAAAUAAUUGCUAGAGGAGAGGGGGAUCGAACCUUUACCACAUGACAAUAGCACCGUAGCUUAUUCAAAUUGAUAAUUUGUUAAGUGGAGAAAGAAAACAAGUAAGGUACGUACGAGUCCAAACGACUCCAACACUCAAAUUAAAAUUCCUAUAUUAAGUAAAAAUAGAACAAAAAAUCUAACAAUUAAGCCUUCUUUGUCUCUACGCCUUAUUAGCUUACGUGCCAAAUGACAACUAGAUAGGCCACAUUCAUUCCAUACAUUGAUAUAAACCAUUUGUAUAUCCAUUAAGACUCGUGCCGCGUAUAGCCAUCGUGACCACCAUUUUAAUAUGGCUACCUUCGUACCAUAACUCAUUUUGAGAUCUUUCCAUCAAUUUAUUUAUAUAUAUAUAAAGGUAAUAGACCAAAAUUUAUCAUUCUUCAGAUUUUUUUUUCUUUCUCUUUCGACCCCUAUGGAGAUGUGUCUCUUUCAACGCUCAUCGAAAACUCAUUGUUCAUCUUCUUUUUCAACUAUCUCGACCCGUAUGAUAUAUUGCAUACUAUUUUCUGUUUUUACUUUCUUGGUCUACCUUCUCCUCUCCCUCUCGUUGUUUCAAUCUAAAGAAACUAUUAAUGCCUACGUCUUCUCUUCUAAAGAUCAACCUCAGAGCCCAACAGCGAUCGAUCACAUCGUCUUUGGGAUUGCAUCGAGCAUUAAGACGUGGCCUGCACGUAGAGAAUAUGUUAAGCUUUGGUGGGAUGCUCAGAGAAUGAGAGGGUGUGUCUUUGUUGACCGUCCCUUGCCGUCUUUUGUGAACCACACAAAUUCUCCUCUCCUUCCUCCGAUCUGUGUUUCCGAAGAUACAUCACGGUUCAGAUACACUUGGACAAACGGUGACAGAAGCGCGAUUAGGAUCGCUCGGUGCGUGAUAGAAACUGUAAGGAUGUUUAAUACCUCCUCAGAGGAAGUAAGAUGGUACGUAUUUGGAGACGACGACACUAUAUUCAUCCCUGAAAACCUCGUAAGAACGCUCUCCAAAUACAGCCACACAUCAUGGUAUUACAUAGGAGCAAGCUCAGAGAUUUAUUACCAGAACUCGUUGUUCGGACACGACAUGGCAUUUGGCGGUGGAGGGAUCGCUAUAAGCAGCUCGUUGGCUAACGUUUUAGCUAAAGUUUUCGAUUCAUGUAUCGAAAGGUAUCCACAUUUGUACGGAGGAGACUCUAGGGUUCAUGCUUGUAUGCUUGAGCUUGGAGUUGGAUUGUCUCAUGAGCCUGGCUUCCAUCAGUUUGAUGUAAGAGGAAAUGCCUUGGGAAUAUUAACAUCACAUUCAACGAGACCGUUGGUGUCUCUACACCACAUGGCCCACAUUGAUCCAAUUUUCCCAAACUCAACUACAUUCUCGGCCGUCAGCCACCUCUUCUCCGCCGUAGAACUUGAUCCUCUCCGUAUAUUUCAAGUCUCCGUUUGCUACGACCGUUGGCAUUCUUGGACCAUCUCUGUCUCCUGGGGCUAUGCUGUUCAGAUUGAGAGUAGGCAUUUAUUUCUAGGGGAUGUUUUGCGAACACAAAAAACGUUUCGAACAUGGAUAAAUUACGGCGGGUUGGCAAGAGUGUACACCUUCAACACAAGAGAUGUUCAUCCUGAUCCAUGCCAAAGACCUGCCACUUUCUUCAUGGAACAUGUUUCUUCUUCUCCUGGUGAUGGAACUAUUAAAAGUGUGUAUAAGCAAGCUUCCCAGAAUUGUACGUACGAUCCCAUUUCAUCUCCUCGAAAAAUCGAAGAGGUUAGAGUGUUUUCAACAAGGUUGGAUCCGGAUAUCAGACAAUUGAAGGCUCCGAGAAGACAGUGUUGUGAUAUAUUACCAACUUCUUCCAAUGGUGGAAAAGUAUUGGAAAUUAGAAUUCGAGAGUGCAAAGAGGAUGAGUUCAUCUAUAUACAUCCCUAGUAGCAACGUAACUAAUACGCUAUUAAUAACCUCUUUUUGUUUGUUACAUUUGCAAUCCAAAUUUAACAUAUGUCGUUGCCAUAUAGGUUUAGUUAUUCUUCUUUUUUUUGGUAAGAAGUUAUUCUUCAUUUUUGUAUACUAUAUAGUACUUAUUAAACCGUGUCUCAGCUUGUUGCUUUUCAACUUUUGAGAUUUGUAAACCAUUUUUGAUUAUUCAUCGGCCGUAACAAUAUGCUAAAAUAUUUUUUUGGAUGGA